GGGCUCGGGAGCGAAAUGUUCCAUGCCUGUGGAGAAGGGUUGAUUGAAGGAGCUUGUGAGGAGUAACUGUCUGGGUUAUGACAGGACAAUGUCAGGGCAAGCUUCUAAGGCAGGUCCCACCGUAUUGGUGUUUGUGUAUAAGUUUGAACAAUGAUACAUCAUACAUAUACCUCUUGCAUUUCUCUUUGAUAGUCUUUCAACUUCCUUCUUUCUAAAUUCUUGCUUCUACUGUGUAGAAAUACCUUUGGUGAACUCUUCAUUGGUUUUGGAACCGGAGUGGAUUUUUGAUAACGGGUAAAUUCUUCAUUGGGUAAAUUUGGCAGCGACAUCAGGGCGGCUUGAAUUGACACAUUGAGAGACAAGUCAACAUAUUUUCGGAAUGGCGGCGCCGGUAGAUCCAGCGACCAGAAAGAAGGUGUUGAAAGUGGUGUUCUUUUCGCUGUUAUUAGAUUUGAUCUCAUUCACAUUCAUAUUGCCUCUAUUUCCAAAGCUGCUGGAAUUCUAUAGGAAUCUUGAGGCGCCAACUGCCUUUUCUUCUUCUUCCGAACCUCCUACUCUUCUCGCACAUAUCCUCACAUAUCUCAAUACAUACAAAGCAUCAUUCGCGAAACCAAUCGACUCUCGAUAUGAUAUUGUGUUGCUGGGCGGAGCUCUUGGGAGUUUAUUCUCUCUUCUCCAAGCUCUCGCGUCCCCCAUAAUCGGCACCCUUUCAGAUAAGUAUGGUCGUCGCACAGCGCUUCUCGCCAGUAUGACUGGCAACAUCCUCAGUGUCCUCCUCUGGGUAUGCGCUACCGAUUUCCGAACCUUUCUCCUCUCGCGCGUCGUAGGCGGGCUCUCAGAAGGCAAUGUUCAACUCGCAAUUGCAAUCGCUACAGAUAUAUCGGACGAGAAACAACGUGGUGCAACAAUGGCGUUGGUGGGAAUAUGUUUCAGCAUAAGCUUUACUUUUGGACCUGCAUUAGGUGCUUGGCUUAGUACAAUCAGUACUGUACAGGCAAAUCCUUUUGCUACAGCGGCUGGAUUCUCUCUGUUUUUGAUUGUGACAGAAACCAUUUAUUUGUAUAUGUGCUUGCCAGAGACAUUACCUAGUAAGGUUGCGCAGGCUAAGUUGAAUGGGGAGCCGGCUGCUACAAAUGGGGUUACCAAGGCAGCUGGUUCUUCGACUAAGAAGACGCAAGCUAAAAUGGUAUCCUCGAGUACUGAUGGGGUGAAGAAGCAGGGAAGAACGAAUUCCCACUUCCUACUCAACCUUACCCAUCUUUCUUUCAUUCUGUUCUUCUCUGGCAUGGAAUUCUCCCUUCCUUUUAUGACAUACGACCUUUUCGGCUAUACAUCCUCGCGCAAUGGUCGUCUUUUAGGAUAUAUGGGGCUUGUAGCAUCUCUUCUUCAAGGAGGAGUAACUCGACGUCUUCCGCCUCUUCUUUCCGUUCGCAUAGGUGUAGUCUCAUGUCUCGGCGCACUAUUUCUCCUCGCUCGCAUCAAUACCGUUGCAGGUCUCUAUUUAGCCACUACUCUCUUGGCCGUCACAACUGCAACAGUUGUCACGGGUCUUAAUGCACUUAGUUCAUUCGAAGCAGGCGAGGAUGAAAGGGGUGGAAAGUUGGGAAACCUAAGAAGUUGGGGUCAACUUGGAAGAGGGCUAGGACCAUUGUUAUUCACAAGUGUUUAUUGGUGGGCGGGAAGAGAAGUGGCGUAUAGUAUUGGAGGUGUGGGACUUAUGGGGGUGGCAUUAUUAGUUACUUUUGGAUUAGAGACUCCAGGGGGGGAGAAAGGGAAGAAGAUUGGGGAUGUUAAAGGGGAAGUGGGGGAGUUGUAGAUCGGGGUAUAGCCUCGAUAUUUGACACUGUAUUGUUAUAAGAAUUUUGGUUUUGCAUUUGUCGUUGGGCCGCUACGAAUCACCGAGCAUAUCCAGGUUUGGAUAAUUGAAGAGAACGAAUCGGGGAUUUGAGUUAAAGAUAUCCUUUGGUGCAUUGUAUCUAUAUCGAAUUGUUUGCAAAGAGAGUGAAGGAUUGGAGAUGUUUUCCAGUGAAUGUAUUAAUAAACUAUCAAAUAACCGAAUAAGAAAGGGCAGAAGCAAAGAACGUGGGUGUAUUGGGCGAAGAUAUUCUAAUAAGUAAAAUACCUAGCUAUGCGAAUGAAUUUAACAGAGCACGGAAAUGAGUUAUUGAAUAA